UCGGGUUACAAGUCAGACUCUCUAACCAUUAGGCCACGACUGCCCCCAUUAGGCCAUGACUGCUAACAGAGCAUGGAAAAAUAAUGAGGAGAAACACAAGACAUUUGCUAAAAGUGCCUCAGAGAGAAAUAAAAAUCAAUGAGAGUGAGACAAAUGAUCGGGAAAUUGCAAAGCAAAAUGAACAAUUAGAAAUGCAAAGCAAUACUAAAGAAUCUGUAACUGAAAAUAGACAAGAUGCUGUAGAACAAACAAAACGUCCUAAGACACAAAUAAUAAGGCCAAAAAGACUAAUAGAUGAAAAUAGAUGAAAAUUUGUUACAAAUUUUGGAUAAAUGAAAACAAUUUGGUGUAAUAUUUGUAGUCAUGGGUGUCGGAACCAUAAUAUGACCAAUAAUAUUGAACCCACCCAUUUUUACCAUCUCUAUUCAAUGCAUAUGUCUUUUUUUAUAACUUUUCAGAGCGCCGCCAGUUGAAAUAAAUUCCACUUGAGGAAUGCCCUAAUAAAUUAAUCUCCAUUCCACGUGUGCAUGUGUGUCUGCGUCACUGCCCUUCCCCCCUCUGCAGUAUAAACUGGUAUGAAAGUGAAAAUCAGGAACUCCAUUUAGUGUGGAGUGAAAACUAAAAGAUUUGAGGAGUAAAAACACAAAUGAUGGAGGGAAAGAGAUCAGACUCACCAGAACCCAGCUGUGUGUCCAUGAAGAGUGACCAGUCAAUGGGAGAACCAAUACACUUCAGAGACAGUUCUACUGAUGUGAGAAUGAUGGAGGGAAAGAGAUCAGACUCACCAGAACCCAGCUGUGUGUCCAUGAGGAGUGACGUGUCAAUGGAACCUCCACUUCUCUUCAGCAACAGAGACAGUUCUACUGAUGUGAGACCACAAAAAUCAAACAUCAGCACAAAUCAGCUGGACUCUAUAUUCAAGGAGCUGGAACACAAAGUCAUCACUCUGAUAAAGAAUGAGCUGAAGAGGUUUAGGAAGCUCCUGAGUCCAGAUUACCCAGCAUGCACUGAGAGGGAGGUGGAGGAUAAGGAGGAUCUGCACAAUGUCACAGAGGGAGCGCUGAAGAUCACACUACACGUCCUGAAGAACAUGAACCACACAGAUCUCGCUAACACACUGCACAACAAACUCGCCUCUGUGUAUCAGACAAAGUUAAAGUCCAAUCUGAGAGAGAAGUUUAAAAGAAUUAAUGAAGGAAUCUCACAGCAUGGAAGCUCAGCACUUCUGAAUGAGAUCUACACUGAGCUCUACAUCACAGAGGGUUGGAGUGGAGACAUCAAUAAUGAACAUGAGGUGAGACAGAUUGAGACAGCAUCCAGGAGACCAGCAACACAGGAGAAACCCAUCAAAUGUAAUGAGAACUUUAAAGACAAGUCCAUCAGAACUGUGCUGACUAAAGGAGUUGCUGGAAUUGGAAAAACAGUCUCUGUGCAGAAGUUCAUCCUGGACUGGGCUGAAGGAGAAGUAAAUCAGGACGUCACCUUCAUGUUUCCACUUCCCUUUAGAGAGCUGAAUUUGAUGAAGCAGCAAAAUCUCAGUCUGAUGAAACUUCUUCAUCACUUUUUCCCAGAAAUAAGAAAACUAGAAUUGAUAGACUGUGACUCCUACAAAGUGGUGUUGAUCUUCGAUGGUCUGGAUGAGUGUCGACUUCCUCUAAAUUUCCAAAACAAUGAGAGAUUGUGUGAUGUGACAGCAUCAGCCUCAGUGGAUGUGCUGCUGACGAACGUCAUCAAGGGGAAUCUGCUUCCCUCUGCUCUCCUCUGGAUCACCACAAGACCAGGAGCAGCCAAUCAGAUCCCUCCUGAGUGUGUAGACCAGGUAACAGAGGUACGAGGCUUCAGUGAUCCUCAGAAAGAGGAGUACUUCAGGAAGAGGAUCAGUGAUCAGAGCCUGGCUGAUAACAUCAUCAGUCACCUGAAGUCUUCAAGAAGCCUCUACAUCAUGUGCCACAUCCCAGUCUUCUGCUGGAUCUCAGCCACUGUUCUAGAGAGAAUGUUGGGUGAAGCAAAGCGUGGAGAGAUCCCCAAGACUCUGACUCAAAUGUACACACAUUUCCUGAUCUUUCAGAUCAAACACAAGGAACAAAAGUACCAUCAGAAAUGUGACCCUGAUCCUCAGCAGACCAGAGAGAGUAUCAUGGCACUGGGAAAACUGGCUUUCCACCAGCUGGAGAAAGGAAACCUGAUCUUCUAUGAGGAAGACCUGAGAGAGUGUGGCAUUGAUGUCAGAGAAGUGUCAGUGUACUCAGGAGUGUGUACCCAGAUCUUCAGGGAGGAGUUUGGUCUACACCUGGGGAAGGUGUUCAGCUUCGUACAUCUGAGUGUUCAGGAGUUUCUGGCUGCUUUAUAUGUAUUUCUCUGCUUUAUUUUAAGAAAUAAAAAUGUGCUUGUGGGACAAGGCACUGGACCUUUUAAUUUCUUCAGAAAUCCAAACCUGUCUGAUCUCCUCAGGAGUUCAGUGGACAAGGCCUUACAGAGUGAGAAUGGACACCUGGACCUGUUCCUCCGCUUCCUUCUGGGUCUCUCACUGGAGACCAAUCAGAUUCUUUUACGAGACUUAAUGCCACAGACAGGAAGCAGAUCUCACAGCAAACAGGAAACAGUGAAGUACAUCAAGAAGAAGAUCAGGGAGAAUCCAUCUCCAGAGAAAUCCAUCAAUCUGUUCCACUGUCUGAAUGAACUGAAUGAUCAUUCUCUAGUGCAGGAAGUACAAACUUACCUGAACAGAGGAGGUUACAGACGUCUCAGUGACACCAGACUCUCUCCUUCUCAGUGGUCAGCUCUGGUGUUUGUGUUACUGAACUCAGAACAGGAGCUGGAUGUGUUUAAUUUGAGUAAAUAUGAUCGAUCACAUGAAGGUCUUCUGAAGCUGCUGCCAGUGGUCAAAGCCUCCAGAAAAGCUGAUCUGUGUCAGUGUAAUCUGACAGAGGAAAGCUGUAGAGUUCUGUCCUCAGUUCUCAGGUCAAACUCCUCCAGUCUGAGAGAACUGGACCUGAGUGACAAUAAACUGCUGCAGGAUUCAGGAGUGAAGCUGCUCUCUGAUGGACUGAAGAAUCCACACUGUACACUGGAGAUACUGAGUCUGUGUCUCUGUAAUCUGACAGAGGAAAGCUGUAGAGUUCUGUCCUCAGUUCUCAGCUCAAACUCCUCCAGUCUGAGAGAUCUGGACCUGAGUGGCAAUAAACUGCAGGAUUCAGGAGUGAAGCUGCUCUCUGAUGGAAUUACAGAUAAAGGUUGUGCUGCUCUGGCUUCAGCUCUGAGGUCAAACUCCUCAUCACACCUGAGAGAACUGGAUCUGUACAAUAAUAAUCCAGGAGAAUCAGGAGUGAAGCUGCUCUCUGAUCUACUGAAGGAUCCACACUGUAAACUGGAGACACUACAUCUGCGUGGGUGUAAUCUGACAGAGGAAAGCUGUAGAGUUCUGUCCUCAGUUCUCAGCUCAAACUCCUCCAGUCUGAGAGAACUAGACCUGAGUGACAAUAAACUGCAGGAUUCAGGAGUGGAGCUGCUCUCUGAUGGACUGAAGGAUCCACACUGUACACUGGAGAUACUGAGGAUGCAGCUCUGCAGUAUUACAGAUGAAGGUUGUGCUGCUCUGGCUUCAGCUCUGAGGUCAAACUCCUCAUCACACCUGAGAGAACUGAAUCUGUACGAUAAUAAACCAGGAGAAUCAGGAGUGAAGCUGCUCUCUGAUCUACUGAAGGAU